CGACCCUCCCCCUGCCGGGCCCGCCCUCCCCGCCGCGGCGCUGGAGGAGGGCGGGGCGGGGCGGGGCCCUGGGGUCAGUCUGAGCCUCCGGCACCGGCCGCGCAGCUGGAGGCGGCGGAGCGGAAGCCUUGACUUCAUCUCAGCUCCAGAGCCCGCCCUCUCUUCCUGCAGCCUGGGAACUUCAGCCGGCUGGAGGCAUCUGGGGACCGAAGGAGAUAAUUCCUGCCAAAAUGCCCGACAGAGUGCCUGGCACCUAGGGGCUCUAUAACUAUUCUUCCUUUACCCACCUACCACCUGGUAGCUGGUUCUGCUACUCUGGUCCCAGAGAGGGACUCCUCAUUUGUGACUGGACAGCCCCACCAUGGCUGCAAUCCGAAAGAAGCUGGUGAUCGUUGGGGAUGGUGCCUGUGGGAAGACCUGCCUCCUCAUCGUCUUCAGCAAGGAUCAGUUUCCGGAGGUCUACGUCCCUACUGUCUUUGAGAACUAUAUUGCGGACAUUGAGGUGGACGGCAAGCAGGUGGAGCUGGCUCUGUGGGACACAGCAGGGCAGGAAGACUAUGAUCGACUGCGGCCUCUCUCCUACCCGGACACUGAUGUCAUCCUCAUGUGCUUCUCCAUCGACAGCCCUGACAGCCUGGAAAACAUUCCUGAGAAGUGGACCCCAGAGGUGAAGCACUUCUGCCCCAACGUGCCCAUCAUCCUGGUGGGGAAUAAGAAGGACCUGAGGCAAGACGAGCACACCAGGAGAGAGCUGGCCAAGAUGAAGCAGGAGCCCGUUCGGUCUGAGGAAGGCCGGGACAUGGCGAACCGGAUCAGUGCCUUUGGCUACCUUGAGUGCUCAGCCAAGACCAAGGAGGGAGUGCGGGAGGUGUUUGAGAUGGCCACUCGGGCUGGCCUCCAGGUCCGCAAGAACAAGCGUCGGAGGGGCUGUCCCAUUCUCUGAGAUCCCCAAGGCCUUUCCUACAUGCCCCCUCCCUUCACAGGGGUACAGAAAUUAUCCCCCUACAACCCCAGCCUCCUGAGGGCUCCAUGCUGAAGGCUCCCCUUUUCAGUUCCCUCCUGCCCAGGACUGCAUUGUUUCCUAGCCCCGAGGUGGUGGCACGGGCCCUCCCUCCCAGUGCUCUGGGAGCCAGGCCUAUGCCCUGCCCUUCCUCAGGGCCCCUGGGGAUCUUGCCCCCUUUGACCUUCCCCAAAGGAUGGUCACACACCAGCACUUUAUACACUUCUGGCUCACAGGAAAGUGUCUGUGGUAGGGGACCCAGAGUCCCAGGCCCCUGGAGUUGUUUUCAGCAGGGGCCUUGUCUCUCACUGCAUUUGGUCAGGGGGGCAUGAAUAAAGGCUACAGGCUCCAA